GAAAUAAUGCUGCAAAUUAUAUUCUGGUUGUUCAUCAUUCUACUGUUGUCACUGCUAGUUUUAAAUGUCGUCACUAGAAUCGCCAGCACUUUGUGGCAAAUCAUUGUGCCGAUUAUCAACUCGAAAUCGAUUAAUUUACGAGCAAGGUUCGGCGAUUGGGCAGUGGUGACUGGAUCUACUGAUGGCAUUGGCAAAGCUUAUGCAAAAGAGUUAGCCUCAAGAGGAAUAAACCUGGUGCUAAUCAGUCGAAAUUUGGAAAAACUGGAGAAAACAAAGAAUGAAAUUAUGCAAGAGAAUCCAACAAUCGAAGUAAAAAUAAUCGUGGCGGAUUUCAGUAAAGGGAAAGAAAUUUUCGAGAAGCUUGCGGAACAGCUUAAAGAUAUUCCAAUUGGUAUCUUAGUAAACAAUGUGGGUUUAAUGUAUGAAUAUCCGAUGUACGUCGGAGAAGUCCCAGAAAAUAUGUUAUGGGACAUCAUUAAUGUCAAUAUCGGAGCUACUACGUUAAUGACACGAAUAGUCAUCGGACAAAUGCAAAAACGUGGAAAAGGCGCCAUCGUUAAUGUAUCAUCCGGUUCGGCAUUCCAACCAUUACCAUUAAUGACCGUAUACGCUGCAACGAAAAUUUAUAUUAAAAGCUUCUCCGAGGCGCUCGGACUAGAGUAUUCUAAAUUAACAAUACAGCAUUUAACUCCGUAUUUUGUCAAAACAAAUAUGAACGCGUACAGUGAUCGAUUACAGAUAUCUAGUAUUUUUGUGCCUAACCCGACAACUUAUGCCAAAAAUGCGAUUAACACGCUUGGAAAGGUAAAUUCCAGUACGGGCUACUGGUUCCACGAAAUUCAGAAGAUGAUAGCACUACUUCCGCCGGUGCCACUAAGAAUGAAAAUUGGAAUGUUUAUGAAUAAGAUUUUAAGAAAUGAUUAUUUUAAACAGAAGAGAAGUAAUUAAACACCAGACAUUGUAUAUACAGGUCAAUUCUAUAAUUAGUAAUUGGAUCAAAAAUCUUACAACUAUUAAAAUAAAAAGUUGAUUCCUAACAUACAUAUAGGAAAUUUUAUUACAAAAUUUUUGAUAAAUAUUUUAUGAUGUAAUUAUAUAAUUGUUUUGUAAAUAUUUUAGUAUUUGUUAAUUGAUGUAGUUGGAGGAAUAUACAAUUCAUAAAGAAUUAUUUACUAAUAAUUUAUAAAUACUGGAGUUUUUGCGUAUUUCAAAACUACCAUUUGUACAUGUAUUUUAGAAAGUAUGAUAAAUGUUUUUUAUCAAAUUGAAAAUUUCUAUCUGUUAUCCACAUCAAUUAUUGCAAAAUAUUCCUUUCUUGUUCAUUUUCCUUUUUUGUUACAUUUUCUUUAAGAAUAGCUGUAAUAAGCUGUAACUAAUUACGCUAAGUCACAUUUCUUUUUCAAAUGAAAUUAUUAUUAUAGAGGUUUAAAAUAAAGAAAAUAAAAGAUACAUGUAAACAUAUUAUCGAAAGAUAGCGCGCUUCUUAUAAAAUAUUAAAAUAGUUUUUUCAAUUUACUUUUUUAGAAUUAUAA